AUGUCUGGCGUUGAGGCGGUUUUUGGCCUUGCCGCCAGUGGAGCAGGUCUACUCUCGCUCAGCAUUCAACUCGUGGAAUGCGCUGCAAAGCUGAAAAGGAUCUACCACGCGGCUCGGGAUGCGCCUCGAAUCAUUGCCAGACUCCAACUUGGCUUGGAGACGAUGGCUCUGGCGCUACGACAGCUCGAACAACGCCGACAGCAAAGAACUGCCAGCGACGCUCUCCUCGCCCGCUGUAUCGUUGAAUGCGAACUGCAUACUGCGGAAAUACAAGAAUUGAUCGAUAAGAUGGAGGACCGCCUCUCAAAAGACGCAAAGAUAGGUGGCAGGCUAUACGCUGCAUUCAAACAGCGUGAUGUGAAAGAGCUGCUUGACGGGUUAGAGAAGGCGAAGAGCUCACUCGAACUCGCAUACAUGAUGUACCUGGGCGAAGAACAGAUGCGGCGAGAUCAGGCAUAUACCGACAUGCUAGCUCUUCACGGCACUCUAAUCAACGGUCUCCAAGCUCAGGUCUCGGCUGGAAACGCCAGUCUCUCGCAACAAUUAACAUUGCUUGUCCAGCCUUCAAUAAUCUCGUCAAAACAAACGAAUACUAAUACUACUACAACAGCAAGCGGACCAGUCGUCGCCCGAAUUCUGGAAACUGAAACGAAUGGAACAGGACAAGUACUAUCCGAUGCUCGAGUCAUUGAUCGAGCCAGCCAAUAUGGGCAGGGCGGCCCUCCCAGUGUCAGAGAUGUCAAGAGAAAGAACAACAAACCGCGCUUCCGGGCCACUGUACGACUUCCGUCUUUUCUUACUAAUCGGAUAUUCAAUCUAGCAGUCAUUCAGGCUCAGGGCGGUUGGUCUAUACAUCUACGGACGUUCAAUCACGUUCGAGAAGACUCCCUCAUCUUCCACUACUCCAACAUUGGGAAUCUCGAAGGAAUGAAGAGACUCAUUGAAAGCGGAAGGGCAACACCACUGGAUGCCGUGUACGGCAGGCCCUGGGGAUUAGGUGGCUGGCAGACGCUCGUUGAGGUAAGGACUUCCACCCGAGACAGCAUUUUUGAAGGUCGCUCUCUCACGAUGAGCGUGACGAGUUUUAGCAAGCUGCGUAUUCAGGACAUUUGGACAUUUGCCAGUACCUUCUCAGUCAAACAACUUUCCCGGACCACGGGGAAAGGCUAA